UCUUCCAAACUCUUUUGUAUCUCCUCUUCUUUCCUUCUCUCUUCCUGUAGCUUCCACUUGUGAACUAUCCUCUUGUGUCUAUACUCGUUGACCUUCUGCUCCACAUAAAGUGCUACUCAGAAUCUUAUCUGAGCUCUGCGGCCUAAGUCUUCCUCAAACUUCAUAUCGGGGUACACCUCUCUAAAAUUCUUUUCUGUUCUCAGGUCUUGAAGCAGUUGGCUUAAGUCGUUGUGGCAUUUUUCGACGGCGUCCUCCACUGUUUCGAUGUCGGAGUCUUGGUCAUCCUCCUGAGUAAAGGUGGGAGAAGAGUUUGGCUGAUUCAGGUGAUUAGAGGGAUCACGGAAGGUGCGUGAUAUGCAGUAUAGGGGGAACCUCCGUGGAUGGGUUGAGUUGGAGUUAGGAGUCAAGGUGAUUUCAGAGGGUUUGCAAGUGGCGUAAAGGAGGUUUUGAACUUUGCUGAGAGCCUUUUUGUCACGUUUUUUGAUAAGUUUCGGGUAGGUUGAAGGGUGGAGCUUUUCGGAUUUUUUGAUUCUGUGCUGGGGAAGAUGAAUAAGAGGGUUGACUUCUUUGGACUCAGCAUUGUGGAAAGGUCUUGGCAUAAAAGUAUUGGUAAGAUUGCCCCAUUCUUGCUCUUGAGGAGGUCUAAUUUGAAAAGUAGUGCAAGCAUUGAGCCAUUCUUGCUCUUGGGGAGGUCUAAUUUGAAAAGUAGUACAACCAUUGAACCAUUCUUGAUCUUUAGGUAAUCUAUUCUGAAAGAAGCUUUGAUUCUCGAUAUGAGCUUGUUCUUCAAUUCUUUUAUUAUAGCUCUGCUAUCGACACUUUAAGAUCUG